AUGAGUGGAAUAAGGUAUGAAGGGCCAAAGAAGAAUCAGUCAGAAGAAGAAGGUCAGAAGGGAAAGACACAAGGCAUAGAAGAUGAGAAGUCUAAUGAAGAAAAGGUUAUUGAAGACCUUAGCAAGGAAGAAGAGGUACCACCUGUGAGUGUUGAGCAUCAUGUUAGAAUUCCAUAUCCACAAAGGCUUCGCAAGCAUAAUCUGGAUAAGCAGUUUGCAAAGUUUUUAGAGGUGUUUAAGAACCUACAUAUCAAUAUACCAUUCGUAGAAGCAUUAGAACAGAUGCCCAGCUAUGUGAAGUUUAUGAAGGAGAUUCUGUCUAACAAGAGAAAGAUGGGUGAUUAUGAAACAAUAGCGUUAACAGAAGAGUGUAGUGCGAUUUUGCAAAGGAAACUUCCUCAAAAGCUACGAGAUCCUGGUAGUUUUACUAUUCCAUGCACAAUUGGGGAGUUUGAAUCAACUGGGGAAGCAUUGAUAGAUGUGCAAAAGGGAGAGUUAAGGCUAAGAGUACAAGGGGAAGAAGUAGUAUUUAAUGUGUUUAAGGCUAUGACUUAUCCUAAAGCAAGUGACAAUUGUUUCUCAGUUGAUGUGGUAGAAGAAGUAGUAGGGAGAAGAAAAUUAAGUGAAGAUCCUCUUGAAAUAAAUCUUACAGUGGAUGAUGUAGAUGGUGAGGAUAAUGAAGAGGCGUUGAAACUGAAGGCUUUACCAAAAAAUCUACGCUAUGCUUAUCUUGGAGAGAAAGAGACUCUUCCGAUCAUAGUUUCAUCAUUUCCUUUGGAAGAAGAGGGGGAGAUGUUGUUGAGGGUGUUAAGGGCUCAUAAAACUUCUAUAGGGUGGACUCUUCUUGAUAUAAGAGGAAUAAGCCCAUCAACAGUUAUGCAUAGAAUUCUUAAGGAAGAUGAUGCUGAACUGACUAUUGAUGCUCAAGGAAGACUUAAUCCGACAAUGAAAGAGGUGGUGAGGAAAGAGAUCUUGAUAUGGUUAGAUGCUGGAGUGAUUUACCCUAUUUCUGAUAGUGCUUGGGUGAGUCCAGUACAAGUAGUACCUAAAAAGGGUGGCAUGACCGUAGUGAAGAAUGAGAGUAAUGAACUGAUUCCAACAAGGACUGUGACGGGUUGGAGGAUAUGUAUAGAUUACCAAAAGUUGAAUAAGGCAACUAGGAAAGAUCAUUUUCCUUUGCCUUUUAUUGAUCAAACGUUGGAUAGGUUGGUGGGGCAUAACUACUAUUGUUUUCUAGAUGGGCACUCAGGUUAUCAUCAUAUUGUAAUUGCACCGGAGGAUCAAGAGAAGACAACUUUGUACUUUUGCUUUUCGAAGGAUGCCAUUUGGGCUAUGCAAUGGACCAGCCACAUUUCAACGGUGUAUGAUGGCAAUAUUCUCUGA